CAAGCGCCAGCCCCAUGCUGCGACUCUAUCUCUAAUUUCCCAAUCACUUUCUCCAUCAUAAAACCCUAACACUACCCUUUUCAAACUAUCUUUUCUUCUUCCAAAUCUCAUCUUUACUCUGUUUCAAAGGUUUUAAUUCUCUGUUUUCCCUUUUGUCUUCUUUUCUAAUGGCUCGAGAAGCGAAUUCGGUUCCGCUCGCAGAGACGCAAGUAGUUUCGUCGAAGAAGAAAAACGCGGUGACAACGAGCUGGAUUUCGAUAGACACGAAGGGGCGGGGCGUGAUUCUUGACGUCGAUAAGUAUGCUAUAAUGCGCCGCGUUCAGAUUCAUGCUAGAGAUCUUCGUAUUCUUGAUCCCAUGUUAUCUUAUCCUUCCACCAUUUUAGGGAGAGAGAAAGUAAUUGUUCUCAACCUAGAGCACAUUAAAGCUAUAAUCACAGCAGAAGAGGUAUUGCUUAGAGAUCCAUAUGAUGAGAACGUAAUCCCCAUUGUUGCUGAACUUAAAAGGCGGUUGCCUCAAGAUAAUCUCACACGUCAAGGCCAAGGAGAAGAAGAAGAAGAACAACCUGGUGCACAAAACGAUAUUGUUAAUGAGAUAGAAAAUGAGUUUCCAUUUGAAUUCCGGGCAUUGGAAGUUGCAUUAGAAGCAAUUUGUAGCUUUCUUGAUGCGCGUACUAGGGAACUGGAGAUUGAUACUUAUCCAGCAUUAGAUGAGCUGACCUCCAAGAUAAGCAGUCGUAACUUGGACCGGAUUCGUAAACUGAAAAGUGCAAUGACAAGGCUUACAAACCGCGUUCAAAAGGUAAGGGAUGAACUCGAACAACUUUUAGACGACGAUGAUGAUAUGGCAGACCUUUAUUUAUCAAGAAAGUUGGCUGGGGCUUGUUCCCCUGUCAGCAGUUCUGGUGUUCCAAAUUUUUAUCCAUCCUCACCAACUAUAGGUUCAAUGUUAUCAAGAACCAGCCGGGCAAGUGCAGUAACAGUUCAUGAGGACAGCGAUGUAGAGGAGCUCGAAAUGUUGUUUGAGGCUUACUUUAUGCAAAUUGAUAGUACGCUGAACAAAUUGACUACGCUCCGUGAAUACAUUGAUGACACAGAGGAUUAUAUCAAUAUUCAGCUCGACAAUCAUCGAAAUCAGCUAAUUCAGUUAGAGCUCCUCGUAAGUUCUGGGACUGUUUGCUUGUCUAUAUAUUCUUUGGUUGCUGCAAUCUUUGGAAUGAAUAUUCCUUAUACGUGGAACGACGGCCAUGGAUACGUAUUUAAAUGGGUGGUCAUCCUCACUGGAUUGCUAUGUACGUCGACUUUCACAUCAAUAAUGUCCUAUGCGAGGCACAAGGGUCUUAUUGGGUCUUGAAGUCCAU